AUGGCUGCUAAUUCUUCUGAUCAAAACCAUGACCAAAUUGCUAUAGUUAUGGUUUCUUUUCCGGCUCAAGGACACCUCAAUCAAUUCCUCCAUCUCUCUCGUCUUAUUUCUUCAUACGACAUACCAAUUCAUUAUGUUGGUUUUAGUACAGCAAUUACUCAGGCUAAGGCUCGAAUCCACGGUUGGGACUUAGCCGCUGCUACUAAUAGUUUCAUUCAUUUCCAAGAAUUCCCAACCCCGUCUUCUUUUAUGUCCUCUACUAAUUGUUCAGAUAAUAUUUCUUCUGAAACCAUCUCAAAACUCAUAGCAUCAGUACUCGAUGCAUCUUUAACAUUACGCGAGCCUGUGACUGCAUUUAUCAAGAAGCUUUCGAGCACAACUCGUAGAGUUGUGAUCAUUUAUGAUUCCAUGAUGGCUUCCACUGUACGAGACGCGGUUGUGUCUAUACAAAAUGCCGAAGCCUAUUGUUUUCAUGCUAUUUCUGCUUUUAGCAUUAGCUCUCUGUUUUGGGAUGUCAUCAAAAACCGCCUCCAUCUCCCUUCGUUCCUUGGGAAAUUGGCUGAGAAAUUUUUACUCCCAUCUGGUGUUUACAUUCCAGAAGGACUUCCAACUCUUAAAAGUACUUUCACACCUGAGUUCACGGAGUUUCUGCGAUUACAACAAAGUUGUAACAAAUUCAGCUCCGGGAACUUAUAUGAUACUUGCAAAGUUCUCGAGGGUCCUUAUCUUGAAACACUCACAAGGUUCAAUAGGUUACUCGGAAUUCGCAAGCAAUGGGCUAUUGGCCCAUUCAAUCCAGUGACUAUAUCAGGGAUAACGUACUUCAAGAGCACUCGCCACGAAUGCUUAGAGUGGCUAGACAAACAAGCCCCAAGUUCAGUGAUUCUCAUUUCUUUCGGAACAACAACCUCAUUAUCUACGGAACAAAUCAAAGAGCUCGCAAUCGGGUUGGAGAAAAGCCAACAGAAGUUCAUUUGGGUAAUGAGAGAUGUUACGAAAGGAGAAGGGGAAGUCCAAAUCCCAAAAGGGUAUGAAGACAAAGUAAAAGAAACAGGAAUUAUCGUUAAAGAUUGGGCGCCCCAAUUGGAAAUCUUGGCACAUAAAUCAACUGGUGGGUUCAUGAGUCACUGUGGAUGGAAUUCGUGCAUGGAGAGCAUUACUAUGGGAGUUCCAAUAGCGACAUGGCCUAUGCAAUUUGAUCAGCCCAGAAAUGCCGUUUUUGUGACAGAUGUGCUUAAAAUUGGUGUCGUCGUAAAGAAUUGGGAGAAUCGUGAUGAUACAAUUGAUUCAACUACAAUAAAAAAUGCUGUUGAAAAAUUGAUGGCUUCUGAAGAAGGACAUGAGAUGAGAAUGCGUGCCAUUGAAUUUGGUAAGCAAGUCAGAGAAUCGGUGAAGGAUGGCGGAGAUCAUCAAAUGGAGAUGGAUUCCUUCAUUGCUCAUGUUACUAGAUAUUAA